AUGCCCAUGGAACAGCACAGGGAUGCAGCGCAGGAAGUCUACCGCUUCCUCGAGGCCUCAUGGCAGGGGGCCAUCCGGGUGGGCCAAACCACCGUCCGGGUGAGCCGAACUACCAUCCGGACCGCGCGGCGCCUGCACGCCGUGCUGACCGAGACCCACGGGGCCACCGACGACCUCGCCAGCUGGGAAGUCGCCCUCCGCACCUCGCUGCAAGAGGCAGGGCGGCUGGGUCGGGUCGCCCUCUAUCGCGCACACCAGAUCCGCCUCGCGCUGGCCCAGAACCCGCCGCAGCCCACCGACGAAAGGUGGGAGAUGGUCAGCGAGGGCGACGCGACCAGCAGCGUGGGUGAUGCGGCCGAGCUCGACGAUCGUUGGGACGAUAACGGCGCGCUCUUCGACGACGAGCCCCUCGCCGGCGGCUACACCCUGGCGGACCUGCUGUCCGACUCCGACAGCGACUCCGCCGGCGACGGUCACCCCUCUUCCUGCUCCUCCUCCUCCUCUUCCCUUCUGCCCCUCGUCAACGGUCCAUCGUGGCCGUUGCCUGCCCCCCAAGCCUCCGUAUGGCGUGGCGCCUCACUACACCGCUGGCGCAACUCCUCCGCCGCGGGCGCCGCCAGACCCUCAGCAACGCCCGAACCCGCACCGCACGCGCCCCACCCCCACGGCCACCAGUCCGACGACCGCGGCACGCCGUCCACGGCGCACAACCAGCCGCCGCCCGCGCCCACGGCAGCGCGUCAAACCACACCACCGUCGCCGCCGUCACAGCAGCCGGCCCCGCGGCAGACCCCACCACCCGCAGCAUCCACAACGUCUGCCAUUACCGACGGAGACGCCGCCCCGGCCGGCCGGCCACCCACCAACCCCCGCGCCUACGACGACGAGUGCGUCUCGCCAGCACCGGCCUCGGGACAAGGCAGCGGCGGCGGCGGUCCAUCAUCAGCACCCACAACCGGGCCACAACCGCCGUCGUCCACGCGGCCGCCUUCGAUCCGCGACAGGCUGGUGCCGACACGGAUUCGCGAGGCCAGGUCCCGGGAAGGGAAAGGGGCAGGGGCAGGGGCAGAGGCAGGCGGGCCGAGCCGCGCACGCUCUGGAUCGGGAUCGUCGGGACAGACGCCCGCGCCCGCGUGGACGCCAGAGGCGGGGUAUGACCGGGUCGAUGGCGAGGUGAGGGCGAGGAUUGCGGAUGUCGUGCGGCGGGCGCGUCGUGGUGGUGGUGGGGAGUAG